AUGACGUCACUAGAACACAUCUACCGGAGGUGUGACUAUGUGACGUCACUAGAACACAUCUACCGGAGGUGUGACUACGUCACGUCACUAGAACAGACCUACCGGAGGUGUGACUACGUCACGUCACUAGAACACAUCUACCGGAGGUGUGUCUACGUGACGUCACUAGAACACAUCUACCGGAGGUGUGACUACGUGACAUCACUAGAACACAUCUACCGGAGGUGUGACUACGUGACAUCACUAGAACACAUCUACCGGAGGUGUGACUACGUCACGUCACUAGAACAGAUCUACCAGAGGUGUGACUACGUCACGUCACUAGAACAGAUCUACCGGAGGAAAACGUUCCCUUCCCAGCAUGCAACUCUGUCGGCCUUCGCUGCUGUUUAUGUUUCUAUGUACUUUAACUCGAGCAUCUCCGACAGCACCAAGCUGCUGAAGCCGCUGCUGGUCUUUGUCUUUGCCAUCGCCGCGGCGAUGAGCGGCUUGACGCAGAUCACGCAGCACCGCAGCCAUCCCAUCGACGUCUACGCAGGCUUCAUCAUUGGAGCCUUCAUCGCCGCAUACCUGGCGUUUCACGCUGUCGGUAACUUCAGGUCCUCUGAUGACAUCACUGCGCCGCGGCCCCCCCCGCCCCCGAAGGAGGACGCUCUGCGGGCGCUGACGGAGCGGGGACACGAGUCCGUCUACAACAAAGGCACGGCCUCCGCCUCCGAGAGCAACGACGAGAUCGGCGCUGCUCCGGCGCCGCUGCUGGACCGUCUUGAAGCCCUGGGGGGGCCCAUGGGGGGGGCUCUGGGCGGAGCUCUGCAGAGGGAGACGGGCUCCAUGGAGACCCUGAAGAGAGCCAGCGUGGAUGUGGAGCUGCUCGCACCUCGCAGCCCGAUGGGGAAGGAGACCAUGCUGACCUUCAGCAACACGCUGCCCCGAGCCGGCGCCAACGGGAACGGGGUGCUGGGGUCCAGCCCGGCGCCGGAGGACCCACGGGUGCAGCCAGUGCAGCGGCGUCUGAAGGCGGUGCAGGGCCCCGUGGACCCGCUGCGCUCGCAGCAGCUGGUGUCGGAGUGGAAGCAGAAGUCGAUGGAGAUGCGCGCCGUGCAUGGCGAGGCGGAGCGAGACGCCAGCGAGGAUGGCUCCGUGGGGGCAGACGAUGUCUUCCAUCCCGCCGUGCAUUCUGGGAGGUUGGCCUCUGCUCGCAACCCCACUCCGCCCCCGUGCGGGCCCAAAGCUGUGGCCCCCCCCCGCCCGCCACAGGUCCCCGAGGCCGGGCCCCCGCCCGUGUCCCCAAAAAGCGCCGUGACCCGCGCCAAGUGGCUCGCCAUUCGGGAGAAGGCGAGCGGCGAGGGGACACCCAGACUCAUGCAGGUAGGGAGUAGAGGCUGA